AAAAUGUCCCAGCCUAGCCCAUCCGCUAUUGCCUGUGACCAGCUGGUGCAAGCUUGUGCGAUUACGAAAUCGCGAAACAUCCUACACCAGCACCGCUUUUUCAAGCCUCGACCUAUUUGAUCUCGACAUAGCCUUUGUGCCCACUGAGAUCUACAAUCAUGUCGGCAGCACAACUCCUCAACCCCAAGGCCGAGUCCCGAAGGAGGGGCGAAGCUCUGAAGGUCAACAUUAGCGCUGGUGAAGGCCUACAGGAUGUUCUGAAGUCCAACCUGGGCCCUCUGGGAACCAUCAAGAUGCUUGUUGACGGUGCGGGACAGGUACAAACUCCUAUCAAAAUACCCCACGACGACCCCUAAACUGACCGACCACCCCAGAUCAAGCUGACCAAGGAUGGAAACGUUCUCCUCCGAGAGAUGCAAAUACAAAACCCUACCGCCGUUAUGAUUGCUCGAGCAGCGACCGCUCAGGACGAUAUUUGCGGUGACGGAACCACCUCGGUGGUCAUGUUGGUUGGCGAGCUUCUCAAGCAAGCAGACCGAUAUAUCUCUGAAGGACUGCACCCUCGUAUCAUCACUGAUGGUUUUGAGGUUGCCAAGGUUGAGGCUCUUAAGUUCCUCGACUCUUUCAAACUCGCCAAGGAGGUAGACCGAGAACUCCUCCUCAAUGUCGCCCGAACAUCGCUCGCCACCAAGCUCAACUCGACUUUGGCCGCCAAGCUUACCCCCGAUAUUGUCGAUGCCGUUCUUGCUAUUUACCAGGCUCCCGCGAAGCCCGAUUUGCACAUGGUGGAGAUUAUGAAGAUGCAGCACCGAACAGCCGCCGACACUCGGUUGAUUCGUGGACUGGCCCUUGAUCACGGUGCUCGUCACCCUGAUAUGCCUAAGCGACUCGAGAACUGCUACAUUCUGACCCUCAACGUCAGCCUGGAGUAUGAGAAGACUGAGAUUAACUCUAGCUUCUUUUACUCUAGCGCUGAGCAGCGUGAUAAGCUUGUUGAGAGUGAGCGUCGAUUCGUCGAUGCCAAGCUCAAGAAGAUUGUAGAGCUCAAGAAGGAGCUUUGCGGUAACGACAGCACCAAGAACUUUGUUGUUAUCAACCAGAAGGGUAUCGAUCCUCUUUCUCUUGACGUUCUUGCCAAGAACAAUAUUCUGGCUCUCCGACGGGCUAAGCGAAGGAACAUGGAACGUCUUCAGCUUGUUUGCGGCGGUGUUGCUCAAAACAGUGUUGACGACUUGUCUGAGGAUGUUCUGGGCUGGGCUGGCCUUGUCUAUGAGCAGACACUUGGCGAGGAGAAGUUCACCUUCGUUGAGGAGGUCAAGGACCCCAAGUCCGUUACUCUGAUGAUCAAGGGCCCCAACGCCCACACCAUUGCUCAAGUGACAGAUGCUGUCCGAGAUGGUCUGCGAAGUGUUUACAACAUGAUUGUCGACAAAUCUGUUGUUCCUGGGGCUGGUGCCUUCCAGGUUGCCUGUGCUUCUCACCUCAAGAGCGAUGCCUUUGGCAAGUCUGUCAAGGGCAAGGCUAAGUGGGGUGUUGAGGCAUUCGCUGACGCUCUUCUUAUUAUUCCCAAGACUCUGGCUGCCAACGCCGGCCUUGACAUCCAGGAUGCUCUUGCGGACUUGCAGGAUGAGUAUGCUGACGGCAAUGUCGUUGGCCUUAACCUCGAAACCGGUGAACCUAUGGACCCUGAGCUGGAGGGUGUCUUUGACUCCUACCGAGUUCUGCGAAAUUGCAUCGCCUCCAGCUCCAGUAUCGCAUCUAACCUCCUUCUAUGUGACGAGUUGUUGAAGGCUCGACAGAUGGGUAGAGCAGGCGGACCUGGGCCUGGCAUGGAUGGACCUAAUGAUCACAUGUAGGAGAUACCACGUUAAAAUUGAGGCUAGACAAAAGGCUCUGGGGCGUAAUAUACACAAUUACGACUUUAUUUUCAUGACUGAAGCAUGUUUAUAGCAUUUGUAAUACGUAGGUAGUCUGCAUGAGUGCAUCACCGUUUGAUGAUUUGUAGUCCAACAUUUCUAUUGAUACGCUAAGCCCCGCAUUGUGACA